ACCAGAUCGAUUCCAUUCCCGUUCCUCCCAGCGAAACUGACGCCCUCCAGCAAGACGUUGCUAAUUUUCUACUAUCGAUGAGUAUGCGCGCAUGCCCACACCACAUUGGGGCUGCUAUGUUCUGCAGCAUGGGCUGGGUGGACGGCGGGGCUGUUACAAGCUUGGAAAGAGCGAAAAUCAAUGCGCUGGCUGAUGGAGCCUUACCUACCGAAAUCGCGCCCUGCACUCUUGGCAAUUGGGGCAAAGGAACAAGAUGUGCUGUAUGACGGUACUAAGAAACGGAAACGGCGAGGGGAUGAGAAGCGGCAUAUCCCGCUUGUGAAACAGGAGAGCAGUAGGGAGGAAAGCAGCAAUGGGAACACGACUGUUUCGAGGAGUACUUUACGGUCACCUGAGAGAAGGAGGAGCAGUAGGAGGGAUGAUGAUUGUAGGAGGAGGGGAGACAGAGAUGACAGGAAGAGACUAGCAGAAAGGACAGGGACAGGGACUUGGACCGAUAUCGCGAUGUCGAUACACGUGUCAGAGUCCAGGACUACGAUGAUCACGCAGAGAUGGGGACAGCAAACGGGGAGGACAGGACUGGCCAGACUAAAUAUGGUACCGAUCUUGCGGCCACCAGGAAUAGAAAAUCUAGAGCAUGAUGUUUAAUAAAAGUGAGUCUCAGAGGGCCGCUCCAAAGAACAUUCUCUGCACGCAUCAUGUGGAGUCCAUCGCUACCACUUAAAUGGGACCGACGUCAUAUAAGACCGCAAAUAUUGACCGCCCAUCUCUAGCUUUCUCCACAUCUAUCAUUUACUAUGUCUCUCUCAAAGGUGAGUCUUUAUUUUCCAUGCUCGUGGAACACUUCGCUUUAGCUCCACAUAGCACAUCAAUCCUAGCAA